UUGAUCACAGCUGGAACAUACCACACAGGAUCUCAAACACAAAAGGUCUCAGCACAAGCCAUCAUGGAAGCUGCCAUCUGUACCUUUGUCACCCAGUUCAAGACGUACGCUGGGAAAGACGGAGCCUCCAGCACUCUGAGCAAAGAUGAAUUCCACAACCUGGUGACCUCUCAGCUGCCCAACUAUGUCAAGAACGCCAGCGAUCCCGGGGCCAUCGAUCAGCUCAUGGGCUCGCUGGAUGAAAACAACGACGGGGAGCUGACUUUCCUCGAGUUCUGGCAGCUGAUUGGAACAUUGGCCAGCAAACAGGGAGGCUUCACUAAGUAGAGCUUGCCGUCUUCUGUGAAGAAGCAGAUUGUGCAACACCAAUCAUCCCAAUUGAGGCUGUCCAGCUGUAAACUCAAAGGCAUUUGAAUUCUUGUAUCGCUCCACCAGUGCCACAUGUGUAACUCUUUGGUUAACCAUUUGUUGAAUGCAGGGAACUUUGAAUUAAAGGCUUCAUUGUCUUGAGCCC